GAAACAAUAAAACUUUUCUUCGGAGCGCCGAACCACCAGUGAAAAUGUCGACUCGAGAAAAAUGAAACGAGUGACUUUGUGGCUGAUUUUCGUGAUGGGUUGGGUGGAUGGUAAAGUUGGCAGUGCGGACCCGAGGUACUUCCUACCCAUACAAGCCCCGACGGGACGCUACACCAGCAACUGUUACACCAAUGGGUACGUAAAUCCGCCGCAGUUUUGCGCCCUGCCGCCCCCGGUGCUUGAGGCCAACCCGCUGGCGGCGGCUCUGGCGCUAAGCUCGUCGUUGCGCUUGAAUCCGAAGUUGCCAGGAUACAAUCAUGCAGAACACCUGCCCCUAAAUCCAUACGUGGCCCUUUUGUUGUCCCAUUAUGGCAAGUACGCCCCUGUUUACGGAACAGGUAGAGGGUUGUAUGGGUACGUGGCGGCCAAUAAUUACCACAACAACCAACCAGUGGGGGCCUACAAAAUUUUCGAGGACCACGACGGGUGA